GUCUUCAAUAUAUUGAGAGCAAGCAUAGCAUUUUCUCAGUGUCUAUUUUCCUAUAAGCUUCUUAGAAUUAUAAUUUAAUAAGUGCUUCUUGAAAAUGCUUGGCAUAGCUUUCGGACGUUUCGAUGAUUCAUUCAGCUUAGGGUCAUUUAAGUCCUAUAUUGCUGAAUUCAUUUCCACUUUACUCUUUGUCUUUGCUGGAGUUGGUUCUGCUAUUGCUUACAACAAGUUGACAGCUGAUGCUUCUCUUGAUCCGUCCGGGCUUGUAGCAGUUGCAGUUUGCCAUGGAUUCGCUCUCUUCGUGGCAGUUGCCAUUGCUGCCAACAUCUCCGGUGGUCAUGUGAACCCUGCUGUUACUUUCGGACUGGCUCUUGGUGGCCAAAUUACCCUUCUCACCGGCCUCUUCUACUGGAUUGCUCAACUUUUGGGUGCCAUUGUAGCUUCCUACCUCCUCAAAGUUGUCACCGGAGGAAUGGCCGUUCCAAUCCAUGUUGUGGCUGCUGGAGUAGGAGCUGCUGAAGGAGUGGUGAUGGAAAUCAUCAUCACCUUUGCUUUGGUGUACACAGUGUACGCCACAGCAGCUGACCCAAAGAAGGGUUCAUUGGGUACAAUAGCACCCAUCGCCAUCGGUUUCAUUGUUGGUGCCAACAUCUUAGCUGCUGGCCCAUUCUCUGGCGGUUCAAUGAACCCUGCCCGCUCCUUUGGACCUGCUGUGGCUAGUGGCAACUUUGCUGGUAUCUGGAUUUACUGGGUCGGACCACUUGUUGGCGGUGGCUUAGCUGGUCUUAUCUACAGCAAUGUGUUCAUGAACCAUGAACAUGCCCCUUUAUUCAUCGAUGGUUAAGUUUUAAAUUAAUAAUUUGUGAAUUGUUUGAUUUUGAUUGUUCGGUCCAAAAAUCCAUUUGCUUUUUUUGUACGUAAUAAAGAAAGUAAAAAAGCAAUAUAUUGCUUUUUCUCUUU